AGGAAACAGUGUAGUGGGCGCCUGCAUGAUCAUCGGGUCCAUCUUCAGUCACGACCCGCAGAAUUCGAGUUGAAACGCAUGGUCAUACGCGGUCGUAUGCUGUCGUAUCGAGGACCUACCAUAGCAAGCCAUCUAUCGAUAGACGGAUGCUUCCGUCUCCCGGGCCGGCAUCCACAAUAUCCUCCCAUGGUCUCCUUGUACCCCCGAACAUUCACCUUCAGUCACAUCGGUACCGAUCUGGGCUAUAUAUGUGAGCGUUCGAGUGAGCGCAUCCCAUCUCCGAGUCCAUCGCACUUGACAUCUGCACAUGGGAGACCCAACGGCACUCGAUCUCGCGCGCAAACGGCGUGUCAUUGACCUGACGCACCCCCUGGUGCCCGACGGCGUGCCUGCCUGCCCGGGACACCCAAAGUACAACGCCGAACACACAUUCAAGCUCUCGGACGGCGCAUUCGCGAACGUGCACACGCUCACGAUCGGCACGCAUACCGGCACGCACAUCGACGCGCCGUACCACUUCUACGACGACGCGUGCCCCGUCGACCGACUCGACCUCUCGCUGCUGGCCGCCGCCCCUGCGGUCGUCGUCGACGUCCGACACAAGGCUGCCCACGAAGCCAUCACGUGGGAGGACCUACGAAAGUACGAGAGCGGGAUCCGCGAGGGCGCGGCGGUGCUAUUCUGCACGGGCUGGGCGUCGCGCUAUGGGCGGCCUGACUACAGCGACCACCCCUACCUGGAGGUGGAUGCUGCCCAGCAACUUCUGGAGAGAGGAGUGCGGGUCAUAGGCGCGGAUACUAUCAGUCCGGACGAGUGGCGGCUCGAUGGUGGAGAUACGGGAAUGGUACACCGGAUCGUGUUGCGAGCCGGAGGCAUUAUUGUGGAGAAUCUGCAAGGAUUGGAGGACGUUGUUGACAGUGGCUGGGAGAAUCCGCGCGUGUCUUUGCUUCCUUUGAGCCUUGCGGGCUGCGAUGGAAGUCCGAUUCGUGCUGUUGCCUGGGAACGCUAGCAGACUGUUCAUUGAUAUUGCCCAGUGUACGUGCGCUGUGCCGGUGGUAACACGGUUGUGUAUUUGAGUAUAUUCCUUGGGUGAUGCAGUGCACAUCAGCCACAAGAAUUCGAUCUAUCCUUACUGUUUCUUCGGCGGUACAAAACCCAACCGAAGGCUUGCAAGCUCUCUAGCUCUGGAUCUGCAUGACUCAACUGGCCGCGUGUGAGCAGUGAGCUUGAGGAUCGUCUAUAUUCCACGUGACGGAAGUACGC